ACACAAUCCAAGGACGACCAAGCAUGGGCCGCGAAGACCGACGUGGCGAGAACCUCAUCGAGGGCAAGAACAUCGAGUUCACGACGACGUCGGGCCUGGACGUCGUCCCGACCUUCGAGGCGCUGGGCCUCAAGGAAGACCUGCUGCGUGGCAUCUACGCCUACGGCUUUGAGAAGCCGUCGGCCAUCCAGCAGCGCGCGAUCAAGCCGGCCGUCCAGGGCCGCGACCUCAUCGCGCAGUCGCAGUCGGGUACGGGUAAGACAGCGGUCUUCUCGAUCUCGAUCCUGCAGUCGCUCGACUGCAGCAGCAACGAAACGCAGGCGCUCGUGCUCAGCCCGACGCGCGAGCUCGCCGAGCAGACGCAGAAGGUGCUCUUGGCCCUUGGCGACUACAUGAACGUGCAGUGCCAUGCGUGCAUUGGUGGCAAGUCCAUUGGCGAAGACAUUCGCCGCCUCGACUUUGGCGUCCAAGUGGUCUCGGGCACGCCGGGCCGCGUCUUUGACAUGAUCCGCCGCCGCAACCUGCGCACGCGCAACAUCAAGAUGCUCGUCAUUGACGAAGCCGACGAGAUGCUCAACAAGGGCUUCAAGGAACAAAUCUACGACAUUUACCGGUACUUGCCGCCGUCGACGCAGGUGCUGCUCAUUAGUGCGACGAUGCCGGCCGAAGUGCUUGAAAUGACCAAGAAGUUUAUGAACGAGCCCGUCAAGGUGCUCGUGAAGCGCGAUGAGCUGACGCUCGAGGGCAUCAAGCAGUUCUUCGUCGCCGUCGAGAAGGAAGAGUGGAAGUUUGACACGCUCUGCGACCUCUACGACACGCUCACGAUCACGCAGGCCGUGAUCUUUUGCAACACGAAGCGAAAGGUCGACUGGCUCACGACCAAGAUGCGCGAAGCCAACUUUACGGUCGCGUCGAUGCAUGGCGACAUGCCCCAGAAGGAGCGUGACGCGAUCAUGCAAGAGUUCCGGUCGGGCGGCUCGCGCGUGCUCAUCACGACCGACAUCUGGGGCCGCGGUCUCGACGUGCAGCAGGUGUCGCUCGUCAUUUGUUACGAUCUCCCGAGCAACCGCGAACUCUACAUCCAUCGCAUUGGUCGCUCGGGUCGAUUUGGCCGCAAGGGUGUGGCCAUCAACUUUGUCAAGGACGAGGACAUCCGCAUCCUCCGCGACAUUGAGCAGUUUUACUCGACGCAGAUCGACGAGAUGCCAAUGAACGUUGCCGACCUCAUUUAAAGAAGACCGCCUUGACCAGCGUCGCGAUUCGAAAGACUAACAAAUACUGCGUGCUAUCUACGACAGUC